ACUGUCAUAAGUUUGUUCUUAUCUACAUUGUAACUAAAAUUAUGUAUAAGUGUGAUAAACUUUGUAAAACUUAUAGAUAUAUCCGUCAGUGUAACACUAACAUAGCGAAAAGUAGUAUAUUAUUGUCAAAUAUGACAUCCUCUACGAAAUCCAUGACGGACGAAGAACUUAAACAGUAUUUUCCGGACUUUCCAAGUGGUCCUCUAGAUGUUUACCGAAAAAAUGCAUCAUUUGACUGGAGAAAGAUCAAAAUGGCCUAUGAAUCUGCAUCGACAAUAAAACUAAAGCACGACAUAUGGAAGUUUAUGGAAAGUAACCCUUUAUUUCAACACUCAGAAAGGGAUCUUAGUUUGGAUGAAAUCAGGCAUAUAAAUGUCAAAAGAAUGUAUGCUAUUUUUAAUGAAAACUUCAUUCCAUAUGAAAGAAUUGUUGAGGAUCCUAGAUUAUAUCAGGCUAAAACGGAAGCGCUAUUCAUGUACGAUAGUUCCCUGUCUGUGAAAAUAUCACUUACAUUCCGUAUGUUUGCCAACACCAUACAAGCGAUCGGUGGGCCCCACCACUACCAUUUUGUGGAGGAUGUGCAGCAGGGGAAAAUUGGAGGGUGCUUUGCCUUGACGGAGGUCGCCCACGGAUCAAACGCUAAAGGCAUGAGAACAACUGCUACAUACUGCCCAGAAACGAAACAGUUUAUAAUGCAUACUGAUGAUUUUGAAGCUGCCAAGUUUUGGGUUGGAUCACUGGGGCAAUGCGCUACCCAUGCGAUCGUCUACGCUAUGCUUAUAUCGAAGGGUAAGAAUCACGGCCUACACACAUUCGUGGUGCCCAUAAGAGACCCCCAAACUCUCAAACCGUACCCAGGGGUGGUAGUGGGGGAUAUUGGGAAAAAAGUGGGGUUAAAUGGGGUUGAUAAUGGGUUUGUUAUUUUCAACAAAUAUGCCAUUCCGAAAGAAAAUGCUUUGGACAAAUUGGGAGGUGUGGAUGAUAAUGGUGACUAUAAGACACCCUUUAAAGAUCCCAGCAAGAGGUUUGGGGCGUCUCUUGGUGCUUUGUCAGGCGGCCGAGUUCACAUAACCUCAAUAUCGACAAACUACCUUCAGAAGGCAAUAGUGAUAGCGCUCCGGUACUCGGCCGUGCGGAGACAGUUCGGACCGGAGGGCGAGCCCGAGACGCCGGUGCUGGAGUAUCAGAUGCAACAAGUCCGCCUCCUGCCGCACCUGGCUUCGACGUUCGCGCUACGGAUAUUCUGCACGUGGUUCAGCGAGAUGCACAUCAAGAUGACUGUUGACAGCCUCUUCGGUAACUUGAAAAACGCGGCCGAGCUGGGCGUGGAGGUGCACGCGCUGUCGUCGGCGAGCAAGCCCGUGUGCGCGUGGGCGGCGCGCGACGGCAUACAGACCUGUCGCGAGGCGUGCGGCGGACACGGCUACCUGGACGCGGCGCGCAUCGGUGAACUACGCAAUGACAACGACGCGAACUGCACAUACGAAGGCGAGAACAGCCUUCUACUCCAGCAGGCGUCGAACUGGCUGCUGGCUAUCUGGCCUCGUAGACACAGCCUCAGGCCAGAAGACAGCAUCCUGGGCUCGCUCAACUUCUUGGAGAAUGUUGAUGAGUACCUCAAGAAGACUUGCCAGUUGAAGACCGUUGACGAGUUUAUCGAGCCGACAAACAUUAUCCAAAUUUACCGAUGGCUGACAGCCUACGUGCUAAAAACAAGCUAUGAGAAAGUAGCCGAGUUGAAGAGUUUGGGCAAAGACAACUUGCAGGCGCGGAACGAGUCGCAGGCGUACUAUGCGGCCACGUUGUCUGUGGUCUAUGGCGAGAACUUCAUCCUCAACCACUUCUACAACACGGCGGCGCAGUUCCCCGACGCGGCAUGUCGCGCGGUGCUGCUGCGUUUAGUCGCGUUAUACGGCGUCUGUCUGGUGGAGAAACAUCUAGCGACGUUGUAUAUCGGCGGCCAUUUUUCCGACCAACAAGGCGCGCAAGUGCGAGCGGGCGCGGUCCGUCUGUGCGCAGCGCUCGCCCCAGACGCCGUGGCGUUGGCGGACGCGCUUGCACCGCCAGACUUCUGUCUGCGAUCCGUGCUGGGUGCUUCAGAUGGACAGGCAUACAAGCAUAUACAGAACGCUGUAAUGACGAGCCCCGGGGCUCUGACUCGGCCGAGCUGGUGGAAGGACGUUGUGCACUGGCGAGACUACGUGCAGGCUAAGUUGUAAAGGAGGUUAUAACUAUAUGUCUACAAUCUGCAUAAUAUAAAGUAACGACAUUUGUAUUAUAUUUAUAUAUAGUCUACA